UUUGCUUUGUUUGUUUAUUUUGUUUUUCUUAAAAGGAAACAAAAUGUGGUGUUUUUUUCUCUAGAUUUGGAGUCACCCCAUGAGACCAAGAACUUACCUACAGAAAAGGGCAUCUGUGAGAUGCGUUUCUCCAAGUGGAACUCGGACGGGAAAAGCAAGUCCCUUGGCCUUGACUGGGUGUGUGAAGGUGAGUUAGUAGGGGCGCGGGGCCCUCCAGGGGGGUAUCUCAACCGAAGGAAAACCAGCCGUGCGAAAGCGCCCGCCGGGGAGGAGGCCUCGGUCAGGCCACCCCAGAGACCUCCUCGCAGGGAGAAUGCCUAUGAGUGCAAGGAGUGCGGGAAGGCCUUCAGCCGUGGCUACCAGCUGACUCAGCAUCAGAAAAUCCACACGGGCGAGAAGCCCUACCAGUGUAAAGAGUGUAAGAAGGCCUUUCGCUGGGGUAACCAGCUGACUCAGCAUCGGAAAAUUCACACCGGCGAGAAGCCUUAUGAGUGUAAGGACUGCGGGAAGGCCUUCCGCUGGGGCUCAAGCCUCGUCAUUCACAAGAGGAUUCACACGGGCGAGAAGCCCUACGAGUGUAAAGACUGCGGGAAGGCCUUCCGCCGCGGGGACGAGCUCACGCAGCACCAGAGGUUCCACACGGGUGAGAAGGACUAUGAAUGCGAGGACUGUGGCAAGACCUUCAGCCGCGUGUACAAGCUCAUUCAGCACAAGCGGAUUCACAGCGGCGAGAAGCCCUACGAGUGUAAAGACUGUGGGAAGGCCUUCAUCUGUGGCUCGAGCCUGGCUCAGCACAAAAGGAUUCACACGGGCGAGAAGCCCUACGAAUGUCAAGAAUGCGGGAAGGCCUUUACCCGUGUCAAUUACCUUACUCAGCAUCAGAAAAUUCACACUGGUGAGAAGCCUCAUGAAUGCAAGGAGUGUGGGAAGGCCUUCCGCUGGGGUUCCAGCCUCGUGAAACACCAGAGAAUCCAUACGGGGGAGAAGCCAUACAAGUGCACGGAAUGUGGGAAGGCCUUCAACUGUGGCUAUCACCUGACCCAGCACGAGAGAAUCCACACUGGCGAGACGCCUUACAAAUGUAAGGAGUGUGGGAAGGCCUUUAUUUAUGGGUCCAGCCUGGUGAAACACGAGCGGAUUCAUACCGGAGAGAAGCCCUACGAGUGCAAAGAGUGUGGGAAAGCCUUUAGCCACGGCCACCAACUCACACAGCAUCAGAGAGUGCACAGCAGUGCGAAGCCCCACGAGUGUCAGGACUGUGGAAAGGCGUGUGGCCACGCACACCAUUACAGAGGACACCAGGGGCUCCACGCCGCGCGCAAACCUUUCGAAGACAAAGAAUGUUCAGAGGCCUCUAGAC